GAUCAAGUACAGCAUUAUUCGACUGUAUAGCACCACCAAUGGAAUGUCCAAAUGAAAAUAUAACGUUCUGGCUGUAUACAAGAGAAAAUGAAGAUAAACCACACCAAAUGUUCGCUAUGGACACGGAUUCCAUAAAGUCAGCGCCCUGGGUUCCUGACGCCCCGAUCAAGGUUCUGAUCCAUGGAUAUACAGGACAUAAGGAUUUUUCACCGAACACAGAAAUAAGACCAGUUUACAUGAAAUGCUGCGACUACAACAUAAUAACAGUGGACUACAACCCGAUAGCUCGAGAACCUUGCUACAUAGAAGCGGCUCGUAACACUGAGUUGGUAGGCAUGUGCACAGCCCAACUGAUCGACCAACUAGUCCAGCAACAUGGCUUCAACCUGUCGCAGUUCCAUAUCAUAGGAUUCAGUCUUGGCGGACAAACGGCUGGCUUUAUAGGCGAUUAUGUCAAAACUGGGAAGUUGGAUAGAAUUACUGGAUUAGAUCCUGCAAUGCCAUUGUUUGUCACCACCGACAACAACAAGAAAUUAGACAAAGGAGACGCUAAAUUUGUAGACGUUCUUCAUACAAAUGCUCUGGAGAAGGGAAAAUUGGAAGCCAGCGGACAUAUUGACUUUUAUGCUAACGGGGGAAUCACACAGCCUGGCUGCAAAGCUACAAAAAAUCAAACAAAAUCUGGCUGUAACCACGCCAGGGCGCCGCAAUACUACGCAGAGUCCAUAAUCACUGACGUAGGGUUUUAUGGAACCAAGUGCUACUCCUGGAUCAUCUACAUGAUCGGCUGGUGCGAGAUGUUCAACUCUAAGGACGAAGUCAUUUUCGGUGAAUAUGUUCCUCAAAAUGCAAACGGGUUAUAUUUCUUCAGUACAAACUCGGAGCCGCCGUAUGCACGAGGUACCAACCAGAAGAGCAGAAGACGAAGAAGUUCGAAUUACUUCCAGCGAGGAAUUAAACGGUUGUAGAAAUAAA